CUCUCUGUUUCUCAAAACAAAUAUAUUUUGUUGUUCAAAACUCUUCCAAAAAUUACUUAUUACAAUUAAUUUGGAACAUUUUGCCUUUUCAAACCUAAUAGGAUACUAAACACAGUGUUUAUUGGACAAAGGUGAAACCUAAAUGCAUCAAUAACAAUCGCAAAUAAUGGACCAUCAGCAGCAUUCGAUGGAAGAAGUCGCGGAUGCCGGGGCUCACGGCUUCACGAGACAGCGUAGACCGAGAAGUGACCCGCUCUGCUGUCCAAUCUGCGGGGUGACACUCCGCACGAAUGAAAUCGACCAGCACUUUGCCCUGGAAGUGGAACGGUUAGAUAAAAUCCUCAAGCCACGGAGGAAUCUUCACUGCCCAACCGGUGGCUAUCCAAUGGGAACGGAUAUGGCUUCAGUGGGGCCGGGAACAAGCACGAGUAGAGCGACAGCAACAAGUAGUGGCGCAGGUAUGGCCAAUGGAAACCGGUCUCUGGAGGAUAACGGCGAACCUGGGCCGGGAAGUAAUCCAGAUGAAUGCUGGGGCACUUAUCAAAAGAUCAAAAACAACCGGCAAGCAAGGUUGAAGAUGAAGACAAGAAAACGUAAAACGGAGGACAACGUCUGCCCCGUCUGCAAUAAGUCAGUAUCGGAGGAAAUCACGACACAUGUAGAGGCCUGUCUGAGGAAGAGUGAAACCAAUGGUUCCGGUAGUAACGGGAGGAUCAACGACUCUGACGAUGACGAUGCCAGUAUUGAUGUGGAAGGUGAAUCUUACGAGGUUUACGAGUGGGCCGGACAGACAAGGAUACGUACCACCACAAUGGUUCAUCAGAGCGGAGCUUUUCCUAGUACUGCAGUGCGGGUGACGAAUGCCGAGGAUACAGAUGACGAGUUGAAUGUUGAUGGAGAUGAAACACAGAUCUAUGGACCACCACAGUAUUCCGAAAGGGAUGUCGUGUAUCCAGUGGCGGAACAGCGUUGUAAGGAUUCCUACCUUCGCGGGCUGGUUAUGGCUAAUGAACCAAUUACAGUAAAACGUCCGGAGAUUGAUAAUCCCGGUGAAGGCCCCAGUUGGGUAAAUACUUCUACGCAUUCAGUCUCUGCAAAUAAUGACCAGCCCAAUGGUGAAAGCGCAGAUCAAAUUGUAGCAUCAUUGAAGUCUAAAAUUCGCGAAUACGAAGGCUUUAUAAAAAAUAGGCCCAAGUGUUUGAUUUGCAUGGAUGAUUUCAAGAAACCUGUGGUUUCCAUAUGUUGCUGGCAUGUCUAUUGCGAAGAAUGUUGGCUGCACACGCUUGGCGCUAAGAAACUUUGCCCGCAAUGCAGCAUGAUAACGUCUCCCACUGAUUUGAGGCGAAUCUAUCUCUAGGAAGGAAUGAAGCGCCAAUCAUAGGAUACGCAUUGGAGCGUACCUAAUUGCACAAAGUGAUUCCAGAAUACAGGUUAGUCUUAGAAUUUCUACGCACCCUUACAAAUCCUGAACAACAAACGCCCAAACUGAUCGAAACGAAACUACCGAGGACAAUAAAUAAUCGAUGGUAAAAGGAAUCUCUUCUAGGAAGUUACGCAACGAAGAUAAUACGUAUUGAUACGAGGAACAGUGAGCAGUUAACGUUUUCAAAACGAAGAUAUGGUCUAAAUGUACAACCAGCCUAGUUUUAUAAAUCCAUGAUUGACAUUCCACACGCUGUUCAGCUAGAGACGGAGCAGCUUGUAUUAUGUUCUGCUCAAUGUUUCACAAUAUACCAUUCGAAAGAAUGUAUGCAUUUAAUUUAAUAAACGUUUACAUGCCAUAAAA